AUGAUAAAUUUGUGAAAUAUGAUGUUUACACGUGGUGGUUGUCACGCGAAAAGAAGGAAUGCUGGCGGUGGUGGUGGCGGUGACAGUGAGGUUAGUGGUAGUGGUGGUAGCGCUAGCGGUGGUGGUAGUGGUAGUGGUGGUGGCAGUGCCUGUGGCGCAGGAGGAAGAUUUGGAAAGAGAACUUCUUUGGAACACAAGAGUCCUAAACCACGAUUUGGAGUUGAAGGAUACGCAUACAGAACGAGAGUACCGGUUCCUGUGAAACUUGAAGAUUUACCAGCAACAACAUCCACUCCUAGAACUUAUGUGUAUAGAACAAGAGUACCACGAAGGGAUUUUAUUGCUACAUCGCAGAUAGCGCUACUAAAGACCAACGUAGGCCGCGCGAUAACGGGAAGAAGAGGUGCCGUCAAACACAACAAAGUGCAUAUUAUACGAGGUCAUAGAUUAGUUGCAAAGUUUUUUAGGCAGCCGACAUUUUGUGCCUUUUGUAAGGAUUUCCUUUGGGGUUUCGGAAAGCAGGGUUACCAAUGCCAAGCUUGCCAAACUGCGGUGCACAAGAGAUGUCAUGACAAGUUGUUAACAAAAUGUCCGGAAAGUGGGAGAGAAUCAGAAAACACAAUAAGGAACUACAUGUUGGAAUAUUUUCACACUAUUUCAAGCGAUCGUAAAACAUGACAAUUUUGUAUUUCUUUUAAUGAUAGUACUUGAGGGAACGUUUUAAAGUGGACGUUCCUCAUAGAUUCCGACCCCAUACUUUUA